AGCUGCUUGGGACUCGGCCGCCCAGCCCUGGCCAGGCCCACAGCCUCUCUUCUCUCUGUGACUUCUGAGCCACAGCCUCUCCAUGGCCCAGAAAGAAGAGGCCGCUGCUGCCGCUGCCGCCGCUGCCGCUGCCCCAGAGCCAACCUCCCAAAAUGGGGAGGACCUGGAGGACCUGGCCGAACACCCCGAGAAGCUGAAGGAACUCAUUGAUCUGCCGCCCUUUGAGAUCAUCAGCGGGGAGCGACUACCAGUCAACUUCUUUAAGUUUCAGUUCCGGAAUGUGGAAUACAGUUCCGGGCGGAACAAGACCUUCCUGUGCUAUGUGGUGGAGGCCCAGGGCAAGGGAGGCCAAGUGCAAGCAUCUCGAGGCUACCUAGAAGAUGAGCAUGCAGCUGCCCACGCAGAGGAGGCCUUCUUCAACACUAUCCUGCCGACCUUCGACCCCGCCUUGCGCUACAACGUCACCUGGUAUGUGUCCUCCAGCCCCUGUGCAGCUUGUGCCGAUCGCAUCAUCAAAACCCUGGGCAAAACCAAAAACCUGCGCCUGCUCAUCCUGGUGGGUCGACUCUUCAUGUGGGAGGAGCCAGAGAUCCAGGCUGCUCUGAAGAAGCUCAAGGAAGCUGGCUGCAAGCUACGAAUCAUGAAGCCCCAGGACUUCGAGUACAUCUGGCAGAAUUUCGUGGAGCAAGAAGAAGGGCAAUCAAAGGCCUUUGAGCCCUGGGAGGACAUUCAGGAGAACUUCCUGUAUUAUGAGGAGAAGCUGGCGGAUAUCCUGAAGUAGGCAACUGGCUCCAGGCUUCUGUCUGCCUGCUGCCUGCAAGAGAAGCAGUGAUUUGUAUGCUAUUUGGGACACGCCUGUCUUCCUAUCACUACUUGGAGCUGGACAACAUUUUAAAACCAACCAACCCUCCUGUACAAGGCCCUCAGGG